AUGACCACUUCUGAAGAAAGCCACCAGCAGGACCUUAGGAGUGUGAUAGACAGUCUGCUCAGGCCCAAACCUAAGAUCCGCAUUGGAGCAUGGAAUGUUUCAACCAUGUUUGAAACAUCAAAAACAGCUCACAUCCUCAACGAGAUGAACAAAAAUGGCCUGGACACAUUGGGAGUGAGCAAGUGCGAAUGGACAGGUGACGUUGUUUGGCCCACAAUUGCAGAGAGGGAAUGCAAUGGCACUCGGCAGUCUCCAAUAGACAUUGUAACUGCUAAUAUCCUUCAUGAUGCUGAUCUAAUUUCCUUUAAAUUUACUGGUUAUGAUGACGAAACAACCUUAUAUGAAAUUGAAAAUCUUGGCUACACAAUUCAGAUUGCACUUGAUCAAGAAAAAAUGAAAGUGCAAGGAGGUGAUCUGCCAGGAUUGUUUAUCAGUACUCAGAUUCAUUUUCACUGGGGUAAGGGCAGUGCCAUGCCUGGAUCUGAACAUGCAGUAGAUGGCAAAAGAUAUCCAAUGGAGUUACACAUAGUAAACAAAGCAGUAGAUGAUCCAAAUUUAUUGGCUGCCCUUGGUUUCUUUAUUGAGGCCACAAAUGACACUGGGAAGCCAAAGAGCUGGAAGAUCUUGACAUCUUAUCUCGCAGAAAUUGUCAAUGCAGGCGAUAAAGUGUGCAUCACCAAAUAUAUAUCCAUGGACGAUUUGCUCCCCGGAGUCGACCGAACUAAAUACUACCGCUAUUUUGGUUCUUUGACCACACCCAACUGCAUUGAAGGAGUAGUGUGGACAAUCUUUAAAGACCCUAUUAAAGUCAGCCGAGACUUGAUUGACCUGUUCAGUACAACUGUCCAUGUCAACAAGGCGUCCAGCUCACCCCUAAUGACCAACACUUUCAGGGGGAUCCAGGCCAUCAAUCGCAGAAUUGUCAAAUCACAAGUAACUGGUGCUUUAAGGAAGACCGGUGUCACCAUUCCGAGAGCUUUUAAUAAUGUCCGACCAAAAGAAUACGCCAAAAAAAGGGGCGAUGCCUUCCUCAGAGAAGAGGAAGAGCUGCUGGUGGAGUGUUGUUAUCAGAGGUUGUAA